UUUCACAGAAUUAGCCAAUGAACGUCAAGUACCUCUUUCACAACAUUCCAAUCCCACCCUAAACACCCUCCCACACUCCCUCCCUCUCCCCUGCCCUGUUCAGCCCGUGUGUAUGGGACUUUGACACGUAACUGUGUCUGCUUCAACUACGUGACCGAGCGGGACACCUCCACCUGGGGCAGGGAGAGCAGAGAGAGGACUUUACUGUCCCUCUGUCCUCUGAGAAAAAAAAAACUGUUUUAGUCUGAUCUGAAUUCAUCAUGGAAGCGAGAGACGCGACUGCAGGUGAGCUUGUUGUUGUCUGCAGCGUCAGUCACUGCAGCGGUGUGUGUGUUUGGUCAGGGUAAUAAGUAGAGAAGACAGCAUUCAACUUAAAUAUAAGCUCUUAUCUAAACAAUGACUGUGGUCGGGCUUUACAUUUGAACUUUAUUUUACAUGGGCCUAAAUCGUCCUAUUUACUACAAAUAUAUAUCGUUUAUUCUUAAAAUAAUCCAAAAUUCUGUCAUAUUUUUGCUCAUGUUAAACCUGCAGGAGCUAUGGUGGGCAGUGAUGGAGGAGACAACAAAGAAAAGACUCCAAAAAAGACUACAGCUCCUAAAAAUGAAGGACCACAGGAUAAAAGUGGGUUUGAAAAGAUCUUUGGGUUCAGAAAGGAGGACCUAACUUCCUGGCAAAGUCUAGUGACCCUCCUGAACCGUCCCACUGACCCAGCAUCCCUGGGGAUCUUCCGCUGCCUGUUUGGUAAGUUCAGUCAGUCUGAUAACCAAAGUUUGCACACAUAAGCUCUUUAAAAAACUCAUUCAUGUGCACCCUCUCAACUUGAUUUCUCUAACAUGCAGGUUUGCUGAUGGCCAUCGACGUCACACAGGAGCGCGGCCUCAGUCACCUGGACUACAAGUACCUGGAUGGAGCCCCCGUGUGCCGCUUUCCCCUCUUUAAUUUCCUGCAGCCACUACCACUGGAUUGGAUGUAUCUGGUGUAUGUGGUCAUGUUCCUCGGUAAGAUAUUUUGUGUUUUAAAGGCUGACACAUCAGAAGGAGCCCGCCUUUUUCACUCCAAGCAGAUGCAGUCCUUUUACAGGAUACAGUCUUAAAGAGGGGGGUCUGUCUGUGGCAAACAUCAAAGCACAAAUACCAGACCUGUAAUUUCCCCUUGUCUUACCCUCGAGCCGACUAACUCUCGCAGAUUUUCCUCAAAGUCUCAUAAAGAUUUGAACAACUCACACAAAUUUAGCCUACAAACAUGACACAGAAUACAACCACAGAAGAUAAACACUGAUGAUGGAAAAAUCAUCAGUACAUAUCAAUGCUUUUUUUUAAAUCUUUUUUUUUUACUGGAGCAUUUGUUUCUCCUAAAACAAUUGCUCCUUUUUCACACCAGAGAGUAAAUUGCUUAUCUAUUUUACCCUCCCAAUGUAAAAAACUACAUCCAUAACAAUACUGUCCAUACAUUAAUACUGUUCAUUUUGUACAGGGUAUUCUUGUGCUUAUCUUAAAAAAGAUAUCUGACGCACAAACCUACGACUUCCAUUUUAAGUCAGAGUUUAUGGAAGGAGGUUAAACACACAAACAUAAAAUUGUUGAAAAUUUAAAUGUUAUGAAGCAUGUAAUUAUUCUUAAAUUCAUGUCAAAGUUUUUAUUUUAUAUUACAGUAUAUUUGAUAUGUUUUUGGGGGUAUUCAUGCGACUGUGUUUUCACCUCUCAAGUGAUAUUACAGAGGCAUCAUUUUGAUUAUUUCCUUGUUCUCAAUAAAACAUCCGAUUUUAUCAAGCGAUUCCAACCAAAAUAAAAAUCCAUAUAUGGAGUAUGUAACACACUUUCAUGUGUUUGUUUCACAUUCAAGGUGCUGUUGGCAUCAUGCUUGGCUGUUUCUACCGCUUCUCCUGCCUUAUGUUCAUGUCCACAUACUGGUACAUUUUCUUUCUGGACAAAACUGCCUGGAACAAUCACUCGUACCUUUACGGCCUCAUUGGAUUUCAGCUCCUACUCAUGGAUGGAAACAGAUACUGGUGAGCUCAUGUUUAUGUUACACUUCUACAUGUGUUUGCAUGAAACAGAGGAAGACAUGUUUUUUUGUCUCUAAUUUGCAGGUCAAUUGAUGGAUUACGGAGGCCUUCAAUCAGAAAUGCUCACGUGCCUUUGUGGAAUUACACCUUGUUAAGGACACAGGUUUGUGCACCUGUCUUUUAUCUUCUAAUACUGUGUAUCUUUCAACUUUUCAGGUCAUCUAAUGAUGCUAAUCCUUUUUUUUUUUGCUUUGCAGAUAUUUAUUGUAUACUUCAUCGCUGGAAUCAAAAAGCUGGAUGCUGAUUGGGUAGAGGGAUACUCGAUGUCGUACUUGGCACACCAUUGGCUGUUUGAUCCUUUUAAGUAGGCGUCAUGAUUAAAGAAGUUUUAUUGUUUGUAUCACUGCUCACCCACUCAUUUACAUGACUGAAAAUGACAUUAUUUUUCAGAGUGAUUCUUCCUGUGGAGUUAGUGAGUCUUCUGGUGGUGCACGGAGGAGGUCUCUUCUUGGAUCUGACAGCAGGAUACUUGCUGUUUUUUGACGCCACGCGACCUUACGCCUGCUUCUUUGUCUCCUAUUUCCACUGCAUGAACUCUCAGCUCUUCAGCAUCGGUGAGAUACUAAGUUAACCAGAAUCAAUAUCAUCAGGGCAAGUACCUCCUGAAAGGCCUUUACCAGCUUGUUUCCAGUGUUUGAAGAAGUCUGGCAUAUAUGAUAUUUGUUAGAUUCUAAUCUGAUGCUAAGAAUGCGCUCUUGUAGUUCCUUAAUUGUCCACCGGGGGUCAUUAAAAAACUACUUUUUAAAAAAUGGUCAAAGUACCUUAUAAAUGACCCCACCUGUCGAAUGCCUCUAUUAUUGCUAAAUUAUUUCACCUUCAACGUAUUUUGACGGCUUUCCCUCCACAGGGAUGUUUUCAUACACAAUGCUUGCCACUAGUCCCCUCUUCUGCUACACUGACUGGCCGAGGAGAUUCUUCGCCCGCUUCCCAGAGUUCCUCAGGACAGUCCUGCCACUCACCUCACCUGACAUUCAGCCGAGCGCUUCCUGUGUUUACAAUGAGGCCCAGAGCUCAAACACCGAACAGCGCGAGAGCCCACCUGUCGCCAAAGCCUCCAAACUGAGACUGAAGCACAAGCUGGCGGCCAUUUUUACUAUUGUUUACAUCAUGGAGCAAUUCUUCAUGCCCUACUCCCAUUUCAUCACACAGGUACGUCCACACUGUGUGACUUACUACUAGUUUUUCAACACCGGGAAACUGCAUUAAGUAAGACUGUACUUUGAUGUCAGCAAAUGCCUUACAAAUCCUCUCUGAGUCAUCAGACUGAAACUUGCUCAAUCAGAGUCAACAGUCAAUGUCCCACAGCAAACAAAGCUCAAACCGGUGAUCAAAGAGAGGAAGCUUCAAGGACGUGACUUCCCAUCAUGUAGCCCGCUGUGUGACCUCUCUGUACUUUGACUUUUGCACGUUUUGAAUUCAAGAUCUUGGUUUAAUUCGUAUUUCAUUAAAACUCCAGAGAGGAUUUGAAAUGUUUUGCAGCUUAACUUUUAAUAGAGUGGAUUUAUUAUAAUACUCCAAAAUUUAACGCAGGGUUAUAAUAACUGGACCAAUGGUUUGUACGGCUACUCGUGGGACAUGAUGGUUCACUCUCGCAGCCAUCAGCAUGUAAAGAUCACCUACAAAGACGGGAAAACUGGAGAAAUCGGAUAUCUAAAUCCAGGGGUGAGUUUUGAGAAAAACACUGUCAGAGGAAGAGCACGUGAGCGUGACAUUUACGCUGUUUAUACUGCUCAGUUAACAGCAAAUACACAUGCACGAGUAUUAAACAAUAAUUAGAGUGUUUGUGUGCUGAAGGUGUUCACACAGAGCCGUCGCUGGAAAGACCACGGAGACAUGCUGAAGCAGUACGCCACGUGCCUCAGUCAACUCCUGCCUCGCUAUAACAUCACUGAACCCGAAAUCUACUUUGACAUCUGGGUGUCGAUCAACGAGCGCUUCCAGCAACGGUAUGAAGGGGAAAUGUUGGUGGGAAUGUUUUUGCUUUUUCGGGUGUGCUACUAUAACCUCACAGUAAGAUUAUCCAUCCAUCCAUACAUCUAUUUUCUACCGCUUAGUUCAUAGCAGGGCUGACAUAUAGAGACGAACAACCAUCCACGCUCACAUUCACACCUACAGGCAAUUUGAAAGUGGCCAAUUAACCUAACCCCACUUAGGCAUGUUUUUGGGAUGUGGGAGGAAACCGGAGUACCCGGAGUAAACCCACGCAGACACAGGGAGAACAUGCAAACUCCACACAGAAAUGCCCUGACCCGGAUUCGAGUGCUAACAGUGCUAACCACUACAGCACUGUGCCGCCACAGUAAGAUAAUAUGCUUUAAAAUGAUUUCUUCUUAGGAUAUUUGACCCCCGUGUGGACAUUGUGAAGGCUGAUUGGUCUCCUUUCCGACCAAACCCAUGGCUGAUGCCUCUGCUGGUUGACCUCUCGCCCUGGAGGACAAAGUUUCAGGAGAUUGAAGGCAGCUUGGACAAUCAGACAGAGAUCGUCUUUAUCGCUGAUUUCCCAGGUGAGAAAUCUCUUCAUGCCUCUCGAUGGAAACACAGUGUUUGUAGUUCGCUCUUUUAUUUACCUUUAAUCCACCCGCGGCCUCUUUUUAGGUCUUCAUUUAGAGAACUUUGUCAGCGAAGAUCUGGGCAACACCAGCAUCCAUUUACUGCAGGGUAAAGUGAACGUUGAGGUGGUCGAGGAGAAGAAGAACUACACCCUGCUGCCUGGUGAGCAGAUAAAGGUACAGCAUCACUCUAUGAUCACCUUCAGUAUUUUACCCAUUAACCAGAACACACAUACACACAGGUAUUCACUACACUGUACAUAUGUUCAUCUACGCAGGUUCCGGCGGGAGCUUACCAUAAGGUUUACACUGUGUCUGAAGAGGCGUCUUGCUACAUGUACAUCUACGUCAACACAACUGAAGCUGCACUUCAGGAGAACUUCACCAAACUGUUUGAGAUCCAGGAGCGUGUUCGUAACGGGUCAGGUAAAACAUGACCACCAUGACGGGAAACGUUUAAUACACAAUAAAGACGUGUAGUAGUGAAGGUAAAGGUGGCUUUACCGCCAAAGUCCUUACUAGGAACUACUUUCCAUUAUUUACAAAGAUCCUCGUGCGAAUCAGCUCUCUUCAGAGAUUAUUUUGUGUUUCUUAUAAUCUAAAUGAACCUCGUUCUACAGAGACUGAGCCCCUCCCUCCUGAGCUGCAGCCUCUCAUCGAUGCUGAAAACGAUGAAGGAGCUGAGGUCAACGCCACCGACCCGAUCGUGCAGCUGUUCCUGAAGAGGCAGCGCCGCAUGAAGGAGGUGAAGAAGCGCAGGGAGGCCGGUGUUUUGGAGCGUCUGGAGCGCUUUGCAGUGAAAAAGUACUACACAAUACGCAGAGGGUGAGUAUUUCUCCGGCAUACCAAGUUGAGGUGUGUGUAUUCAUAAAACACAUGUAUGUGUGGAUUUACAUUCAUUAUGUCAUCAAUCUGAUACCAGAUUCCUGAUGACAGCCAUCGCUAUGAGAAACCUGGCGGUGGGUCUCCCUCCUCUUGAACAGCUGACCAGAGAGGUUGAGUUCGCCAACAUGAAAGCGCCUCAGGCAGAUGGCAGCCAGGACGAACGGCUGAAAGAUGAAGUUGGUCAUGGGGAACUUUAAAGACGCCGCUGGAAGCAGACAUACUUCUUUUGAAUCACCUGCAGGUGCUGGAUUACAUACUCACGUGUGUGUCGUUACUACUGGACUGUUACUGGGACGACCCUGCGGUUAUCAAAGGACUUUUUUAAUUUUCUAUGCUUCAGAGCAAUUUUGGAAGCCAGUAUUUUUUUAAGCUUUUGUUCAUGAAUCUGAAUUUAUGCAGAGGACAUGUUUCUGUUAGCUUCAGCAGCACCACAUCGAUACUGUAUGUUCACAGAAGUGCACUGCUUUGCUGAGCAAGAUGACGUUUCUUGCUUAAUUUCACCUGGAAACAUUUUACAGUGCAAUUACAGGCCGGGUGGUUUGACCUAAAACAAAUAUGAAGACAUUGAUCUUCAAUUUAAAAAUGCUGUGUGACAGAUUAGCUCUGCUUUUGAUGUGCAGGUACAAUUUGAUAACACUUACGCGGGACUUGAAUAUUCCAUUUUGUCUUGAAUGAAAACAACAAACAAGCCUGUUACUGAAUUCAGAAAUUAGAGUGACAUGUACUCGAUCAGGUUGGCAAAUAACCUGCAGCUGCUAUUUAUCCCCUGUGCUCGGAUUUUAUAAAUACACAGUAGGAUGUGUGGAGUUUUUCUCUGAUCUUUCAUGCAAACCCUCUAAUGUGAGAAAGCCAGACGAAGCAAACUUUCGCUUGUAUAAAUCGAUGCAUUUUUUUUAUUCCUUUUAUAACAAAGAGAUCGUCUUUCAAUUCAUUCCAUUUUUUUUUUUAAUUAAAAAUAAACUUGAGCUCUCAGAUGUGUGGAAAUAAUGAAUUUUAUUGGUGUCAGUAUUUUACAUGUCGCUCCUCUUAAAGUGCUACAGUUUCAGUGUUCACUGUAGAUUCACACUAUGGCACAUAGAGACACAUUUAAACAGUGCAAUAUUUAACAAUACAUACAAAUAAUACAUAAAAAUCUACAUGAUGGAUCUCGAUGAAAUGAUUUACUGUUAAAAUACAGAAUCAUGAUCUGCUUAGUUGAGGUUAAUUCAUCAGGAUACAUUUAGUUCAGUAUAAAUAUGUAGCAGACAGUCUCUGUGCUGUAGCUGUAGUGGAGGGCCGGUCAUCUGUAAGUGUUAUAUAUAAAUAACUGAUAUGUAACAUGAUGUUUCACAAAAGCAACAAGUCCUCCAACAGGGGAUGAGUUAGCACUGUAGCAGAGUUCAUUCACAAAGAACAAUUUAACGACAGUCUGCUUUCUUUAAAUGGAUAUUGCACAGUUUUACUGGUUUGAAGUCCUUAGAAUCACCAUCUCUCAUCUCUCAACAAAAUCCCUUUUGGUGCUGAGUGACUAUUCCUCGACUGAAUGAUUCACUGACGCUCUGCAGAAUAUGUAGAUGAAGGUUAAAUAAAGCAUUACUGGUGUUAGUGUUAAA